CGCACAAAAUCAUGCAUUGUCAGCUGUAGGCUUAUGUGAUUCGGACUUCAUUCACCACAGUAGUAGCCUAGAAUUUGAAUUUGUUUGUAAAAUGUUACUGUCCAUGGUCCUGCAGUACGCAUGUUUUCACAUAUCAUGGUUUUUAUUGAUAACUGCUGUGUUCAUAAGGGUAUUGUUAUUGUCACAACUCGUGUAUAAAGCAGAAGCUUUGACACUAAAUUCCCUAAUACUUGCGCCAAUGGAAAUGUGAAGGCUAGCCUACGCAUUUUCUUUUCCAAAACCUGAAACCUUCUGACACUUGAACAAUUUGGUUAUUAAGUUUCUGUGAAUCACAGUAAUGUAGGCUUAGCACAGAAAUUUUAUUAUUCCUAAUUGCUGAAAUUCGAACGCAAACACAUUGGGAUAUUGGUUUGUCUGCCUGUCCUCGUUUGCUUUCUCAUAUACUACAUAUUAGGACGCGAAAGAAUUACACUUUAAAUCGAAUACGAUUCACGCUAGACAUGUCCAAUAUUCAACAGAGAUUCUAACGAACCAGCCAGUACAAAACAAGUCUGAAAACCGAGCGAAGUGGGAGCGAGAUUUGCCAAGAGAUGCCGUUAAUGUAAUAUAUGUAAUUGGCGAGGUCAUGUGUUUCAGUAAUGCGAGAUUAUUAAGAUACAUUUUAAGAGGAUAACUCGCCAUUUGGUUUCUGUUCGUGGUUCUGGACACUGGAAUAGAUUGUAAAUAGCAUUAUUUAGGUGUAGCCAUGCUUUAUUACUUACUUGCUUACUUACUUGUUUGUCUAUUUUAAAAGCUGCCCUCAUCUAGCUGCCUUGUGUUGUGUGAACAGCUGCAGGAUCUGGCAUGAGAGCGAGAUAGUGUGUGUGCGCGCCUGUGUGCGCGAGAAUGCAUUCCUGUCGCCAAUAUGUGUAAUGGUGCCCAUAUAAGGACUUUAAAGGGCAGUCGAAGGUGGGAACUUUUAAUUACUGCGGGAUUCUUGUGUACCCCUGUCAUUGACACCCUAUAGCGUGCUGUUCGCUUAUUGGUCCUGCUCUGACUCUUUCUGUGGUUAUUGGCUUUCUUAACUUAUUUUUUGGAUUAUUUGCACAAGAUUUCUUUCUCGUCGGUCUGUUGUCAUAUUUGUGAAGCUUCUCUGUGUAAUAUCAUAUCACUGUUGAACAUGAACCGGUAGCCCUUUUCCUAUAUUUACAUCCUAUAUUUACUACAGUUUUUAGAUAGGAAAGCCGUACAUCUGAAAUAUGCUGAGAAAAGGCCUACAAGAAUAUUCAGUGAGUCAAUUCCGAUGUCAUUAAUUAAAGAGUCAUUCAAAGUGCAGUCGCCUUGAUUAAUGUCAUAUAUGUAGUCCUUUUAUCUAUCUAUUAUCCUGUUAUUACAAAAGAAUGCUUUAGACUGGAUAUUCUUAUGCAGAUUUUGCACAUUAGAGUUUUGUAACAAUGUCUUUCAAAUAGUUUUGUUGUUGUCAAGUAAGUGAUGCUUAUAGCUCAGUUUGUAAGAUAAUGUUCCAUUAAUGUGCAGCUUGUUUUGGAAAAUAUUUAAUGGACUUAAAAUUAUCAGAUUUAAGCAGAAAGCAAAUUCUUAUUGAGUGCUGUCCAUUUGAGUGACUGUACUUAGAUUAUAUGACCCAUUCAGGGGAAAAGCGGUUCUGUGUUUGCAUUUUGGAAAUACAAGUUGUUUCAUUGUAUUGCUCUGAAUGAUGCUAAUCACUUGUGUGGAAAGUCUUUUUUCUGAAGGGCAUUUGUGAUAUUGACACUGCAGCAAGAGUUGAUAUUGUUGAUUUUUUUUUUUUUUUUAGUUUGAUAAAUUCACAUGUAAAUAUUAGAAGUAAAUUCAAACACACUGAAACACACAGAUUAGUGUCAACUUAACAUAAAAGCUUUGAUAAAUAGUUCUACUGGCAUGGGAGCUACAGAGCAUGUGCAGAUGUAAUAGCAUAGGAAUGUCUGGUAGGGGGCACUGUUCUCAAAUUUAUCACUUGACAGAUUUUUGUCUCUUGUCACUCAAGAGUGGCUUCCUCUGAUUGGCUUGGCAAUCUGCAGUCCAACUGCGCAUCAAGUGUACUCCUCCCACAACAAUUUCUGCGCAGCUGGUGUGUGAUGUGAAUGGAGUGAAUGCCUACCGUUGGCAGAAUGUACUUGUCAUGCUGGUCUGCGGUCCCCACACUGACAGGAUAUGAAUGCAUUCCAAAUUCACAAAAUAAACGAAGGAUCUGGUAGAAAAUGGAUCUAAAAAAGGGGAGAAAAAGAAGCCUGGGAUGUAAGAUGGCCGGCACCAUGCUGGCAGUGAGUCUGAGAGUCUGAUGUUUUUUCUGAGUCACAGUCCUCUAGUCGCUUCCUCAAUAACUGUGGCUAAAUUUAAAGCAUCUCCAAGGACCUCUGUGCCCCGUAGUUAUUAUGUAUUAACUAUUUAAGGUGUCAGAUCACAAAUACGUGAUUAAGAUGUUCUUAACUGAACAUUCUAAUGCUGAUGUAACAAUCACAAUUGACGGUAGUGGAGUUCUAAAACGCUGACUUAGAGUUUUGAAAAAAACAUUCCAGAACACCUACUCUUCAAGGGGUUAAUAUCUUCCCCAGCAGCACUGUAGGCUGGUCUACCAUACUGCUCAUUGGUAUGAUGUGGGGCAAGCCAUCCAGGAAGCCCAUGGGGCAGGAAUGGGGAAAUAUUUGUUCGUUUAGAGGAGGCGUUUUUGUCGUUGCCCAUUUGUAGGCCUUCGGGGGGCCUGCUGUUUUUCAGGGUUCCCUGGCAGUGUUCCCUCUCUCCAGCCCGCUCGGCUAAUGGACUCUGCGCAGGAGUAGUUUUAUAUCAAACGCAAGCAGUGUACAGGAGCCUGGCUGGUGAUUGAUUCCAGAGAAGGCCUGAUUUUCAAUUGAAUUAUUGUAAUUAUACUAAAAGGAACGAAACUCUCAGGGGAUCAAUUUAUCCGUCUGUGCAGCCGAGUGAAUUAGGAGCUGCGUGAGCUGCUCGUUUCGUUUGCAGGGUUGAAUUUGGAGGAACUGCAGUGGGAUUCGGUUAAAUGUAAAGACGAAUGUUGCACUCUAUUUUUUUUUUUUUAAAUGAUAAAAAUAAAUCCUGAAUAUUAUUAUGAAAUAAGAAGUAUUGUUAUGCAAAUAUAAGAUAUUCUAGAAGACCCAAGAAACAGGGGUUCGGGUGGUUGAGCAUAAGCCUGCUGAGCAUUUGCGUUUACAAUAUUAAAUAGUAUUAUUACGGCAGAUUUAUUCUGUGUGUGAUAUACAUGAUUAUAAUAAUUAAUAAUGCUAAUAAUCCCAUUCUUCUUGGGUCUUAUAGAUGAUUUUAUAUUUGCAUAAUAAUGGCUUUUAUUUUUCAUAAAAUGCAGGAUUUAUUUUCGUCCUGCAUAUUAUAAAUGCAAAAUUGAACGUAAAAGAAGGAAACAUUGCACACACUGCCUGUGCGCUUCUGUCCCAGAAAUGCUUUGUUCUGCCUCCUCGUCUGGCACUGAAACAGCCUUGGAGCUCCAGGGGGCUCCGGUAUUGGCUGGCGUCCCUUUCCUAACCUCAUCAGAUUGGUUGUGACAGGAAGUGACACGUGAUUCUCAGCCUGCCGUUGGUUGGCCCUCGCCGGUCACUCAUGGGACCCUUCGUCUCCCACCUCCUCCUCCUCCUCCUCCUCCUCCUUAUUGCACUGAGAGCUGAGGGGUCCCCAUCCCGGAUCAGACUGCAUCCCCGUACCGAAAUCACAAGGCUAUGGCUGCUCUGCUGUGCGCUGCCAAAUGCAAGAAGCAAGGUAUCCCGCUGUGGGACAGGGGAGGGGGGUGGUUUGGUUGGGAUCCACAAUCCCAAGUGAACGACCUUCAUGAGGAAGGGAGGAACGCCAUCAACUCCCCCCUGCAGCCCUCCAACAUGACCCUGCUCCCCGAGGACACGAUGCUCGAGGAGAACGCGGAGCGUAGCAUGCUGGACCCCCAGUCCCGGGACUGUCCAAAAUUUAAAGAGCUGCAGAGGGUGCUGAUUGACUGGAUCAAUAAUGAGCUGGAGGAAGACAGGAUCAUCGUUAAAGACUUGGAGGAAGAUCUCUACGAUGGGCAGGUGCUGCAGAAGUUAUUCGAGAAACUAUCUGGGCGGAAGCUGAACGUUGCCGAGGUAACGCAGUCUGAGAUCGGGCAGAAGCAGAAGUUGCAGACGGUGCUGGAGGCGGUGAACGAGCUGCUCAGGCCCCACGGCUGGACCAUCGAGUGGAGCGUGGACUCCAUCCACACCAAGAACCUGGUGGCCAUUGUCUACCUGCUGGUGGCGCUAGUCAUGCACUUUCUGGCCCCGAUCCGCCUGCCGGAGCAGGUGUCUGUGCAGGUGGUGGUGGUCAAGAAAAAAGAAGGUGUCUUACAGACGUCCCACGUGACCAAGGAGCUGACCACAACCACAGAGAUGAUGAUGGGACGAUUUGAAAGAGAUGCUUUUGACACUUUGCUGGAUCAUGCACCUGACAAACUCAAUGUUGUCAAGAAGUCUCUCAUCACAUUCGUGAACAAACACCUAAACAAGCUGAACCUUGAGGUGACAGAACUGGAGUCACAGUUUGCAGACGGGGUGUACCUGGUGCUGCUGAUGGGGCUGCUGGAGGACUACUUUGUCCCUCUCUACAACUUCUACCUCACGCCUGAGACCUUUGAGCAGAAGGUUCACAAUGUGUCCUUUGCCUUUGAGUUGAUGCAGGAUGGAGGUCUGCGGAAACCCAAAGCUCGGCCUGAAGAUGUUGUUAACCUGAACCUGAAGUCCACCCUGAGGGUCCUGUACAACCUGUUCACCAACUACAAACAUGCAGAUUGAAGGCCACCAGUCACGGAACCUGCUGGUGGCUAAGGGCUGCAGGAAGCCACUAUCACCAGGGCAACGCACUGGAGGGAAAUAACUGGAGUUACAGUAAUGCCCCCCCCCCCCCCCCCCCCAAUUUUUUAAAUGUUUAUUUUAUCUUUUUUUACAAUGUCACAGCAAGUUUGUGUGCCAGAUCUUUGUUCCGUUAGCAUAACUAAGUGCCAACUGGGUCUGGUGAUGUGCUAGCAAGUACCAACUGGGGUGAUUUUAUUUUUUUUCUGUCACUGAAAAACCCUGUGUGAUCAGAAACAUUCACCAAAAAAAAUAGUUUUACUGACUAACACAACGGGGGGUCGGGGUGCAGUGGGUUAUGAUUUUGCACAAUACCAAAAGCUCCCAUGUGCUGAGAGCACUGUGAUGAAUAGGCACCUCAGGUUCCUCAUUCUUGUUUUGGUACAAGCUGCAAUUCUGAAAAUUUUACAGAGAGUACACUUUAUCACUAGCGAAUACAAAAAAAAACUGCCAGGAGUUAACCCCUUACUAUUGAAUGCCCUCCAGUACGCGCUAGCUUCUCAUUUAAUGGAAGUCAGAUUUAGGUGUGACACAGUGCCUUUUGAUGUUUAUGUAAUUUUAUAAAGUUUAAAAAAACCAUACAAAUGCAUAUUCCAUGUAAUAUAUUUAAACGCCUUUAAUGCGACUGAUAUAUUUUAUUCUACUGAACACGCUGCUGCCUGCUUUAAGCCGUUCAAAGAAAGUGUGCCAUGUUGUCAAGCCUAUGCCGUUAUGAACAAACUCUCUACUAUAUUCGCACUAGACUUGGCCACGCAGUCAUUGGCAGGUCUGUUAAAUAGUCAACUAAACGGAGGGACUGUUCAAUAAAAAACCAGGGAGCAACUAGAUAAUAUUUGAUUGAUGUGAGGUGAAACUCACUUUAUCAACAAGACUUUUAAAUGUGUUAAAAAGCCAUAUGAACAGAGAUUGCCUUUGCAUGUUUAAGAAAACCACACCGCAGGAUUGCCACACAACUGUGAAAACACAAUACAUGUUAAAAAGAAAAGAGAAAAAAAAACAUGCCAUUCACUUGUUUUCAGUGUUUCUAUAACUAAAUAAAAACCUAAACCACCAA